CGGAGCGGACCUCUGCGGCCAAGAGCAGGCUCGCGGAGGGGUGCCGGGCGGGGCGCAGGCGCGCAGGGAGCCGGCGGAGGAGCCAGGCUGCCGGAGAACAUGGUGGAUUACCUGGCCAACACGGAGAUCAACAGCCAGCGCAUCGCGGCCGUGGAGAGCUGCUUCGGGGCAUCAGGGCAGCCGCUGGCCCUGCCAGGCCGCGUGCUGCUGGGCGAGGGCAUGCUGACCAAGGAGUGCCGCAAGAAGGCCAAGCCACGCAUCUUCUUCCUCUUCAACGACAUCCUGGUGUACGGCAGCAUCGUGCUCCAUAAGCGCAAGUACCGCAGCCAGCACAUCAUCCCGCUGGAGGAGGUGACGCUCGAGCCGCUGCCCGAGACCGCGCAGGCCAAGAACCGCUGGAUGAUCCGGACGGCCAAGAAGUCCUUCGUGGUGUCAGCCGCCUCCAGCACGGAGCGCCAGGAGUGGAUCAGCCACAUUGAGGAGUGUGUGCGGCGGCAGCUGCUGGCCACGGGCCGCCAGCCCAGCACGGAGCACGCGGCGCCCUGGAUCCCCGACAAGGCCACGGACAUCUGCAUGCGCUGCACGCAGACGCGCUUCUCGGCCCUCACGCGGCGCCACCACUGCCGCAAGUGCGGCUUCGUAGUCUGUGCCGAGUGCUCCCGAGAGCGCUUCCUCCUGCCGCGCCUGUCGCCCAAGCCCCUGCGCGUCUGCAGCCUCUGCUACCGCCAGCUGGCCGCCCCGAAGCGGGAGGAGGAGGAGCUGCACGCGGGGGCCCCCGGGCAGCCGGCCCACUCGGCCGGGGCGGGCUGCGGGGCAUCCAGCGGGGACGAGGAGGACUCUGACGAGGACAAGGAGGGCAAUGGGGACGGCGACUGGCCCAGCGGUGUGGAGUUCUACGCCUCGGGCGCCUCCUGGUCAGCCUUCCACAGCUGACCGGGAUCUGCGGCUGUGAGGGAGGGCCUCCCGGUCCCUCCUGCAUCCGAGCAGACUCCAUCGUUGGGCCCCGAGAGAGCAGAGUUCCCGCGCUGCACCCCGCCCCCAGGACCCUGCCCCACGGGUGGCAGGCACAGUGGGAGUGGCUCUUUCUCUCCAGACCCCAGUGCCUUUGUGCUGGACAUUGGCAUCCUUCUUUUCCACUUCAGGUAAUUCUCUGUCCACUUAGCGAACUCAAAACACUCGGGCCUGUUAGGAACAAAUAAAUAAAUGCCUUUUUCUCAGCCCUAAGAGCUGUGGUCCCAGAUAAUGCCUUGAGCUAGACAACCCCAGGCACCUUUCGGGACCAGAGGGAAGAUAGGACUGGAGUGAGGUCCCCUGAGGCCGUGCACCCCAGCACCUGCCCCCCAGACAAGUGACCCCCCCCCCAGGGAAGACUGGGAGGACUGGAAACCAGAUCUGCCCAUGCACCUUGCUGACGCUCACCUGCCUGGCUGGCUGGGCCUUCUCAGGCCAGGCAUGGGAGCUCACCUUGAGCCAGACUGGAGUCUGCCAUGCCGUGGGUGCCCACCAGGCGUGGGCCUGAAGCCUGGCUCCCCGGAGUCCAGGGCACAUGCCCGGGCGCCUGGCCCCAUCUCCCCUCACUCCAGAUGUCCAGGUGUCUGAUGCCCCUUGGUCCUGUCCCCUGUGGCUGGGGAAAGCAGUGUUUUCUGUUAGGACCCUUCAUUGCAAGUGACAGAAACCCUACCCAGACUGAUUUAACAAUAAAAAGAACA